UGUUUGUCUGAAAAGUUUCAAUCAAUGGUCACGUGUUUUGCAGAACUAGUAAAUGAAAAUCCUUUUCCGUUUUGCCAAUACUUCAGUUAAGACAUAAGCGUGUCUUUUAGUGACACUUUGAUCACAAUUAUCACCUGAUUGUGACCACUGAGACCUGUCUAACAAUACAAACAGUAUCAGACAAUGACAUCGGCAGCGCAAUCGUCGCCCAAUGAGGAGCUCCUCUUGAAGGGCACUCUUAUGGGACACAACUCAUGGGUGACACAAAUCGCAACCAACAACCGCUUUCCGGACACCAUUCUGUCGUCUUCUCGGGACAAGACAUUGAUUGUAUGGAAACUGACCAGAGAUGACGCCAACUAUGGUAUUCCCCAGAAGCGUCUUCGUGGUCACGGACACUUCAUUACAGACGUUGUCCUCUCGAUGGACGGUCAGUACGCUCUGUCCGGCUCUUGGGAUAAGACACUGCGUUUAUGGGAUCUGUCUGUUGGCAAGACUACCCGUCGUUUCGAAGAUCACACUAAGGAUGUAUUGUCGGUUGCUUUCAGUGCCGAUAAUCGACAGAUUGUGUCCGGAAGUCGCGAUAAGACGAUUAAGUUGUGGAACACUUUAGCCCAAUGCAAGUACACGAUUCAAGAAGAAGGACAUACAGAUUGGGUCAGUUGUGUCCGAUUUUCGCCGUCGAACUCGAACCCAAUCAUUGUGAGCGCCGGUUGGGACAGACAUGUCAAGGUAUGGAAUUUGACGAAUUGUCGACUAAAGACCAACCAUAUCGGACACGCCGGCUAUCUAAACACUGUUACCGUUUCACCCGACGGUUCUCUAUGCGCUUCGGGCGGAAAGGACUUUAAGGCUAUGCUCUGGGAUUUGAAUGAAGGCAAACAUCUGUAUACUUUGGAUCACAACGACAUUAUUAACGCUCUUUGCUUUUCGCCGAAUCGAUAUUGGCUUUGUGUGGCCACCGGUCCCUCGAUUAAGAUCUGGGAUUUGGAAGGCAAACAUUUGGUGGAUGAACUCAAGCCUGAGGUUAUCUCUGCUUCAUCCAAGACAAAGGCUCCGCAGUGCAUAUCACUUGCCUGGAGUGCCGAUGGUAUUACAUUAUUUGCUGGUUAUACCGACAAUUUGAUCCGAGUCUGGCAAGUGGUGCCCACCAGUUCUAAGGCAUCAUAAAUUGAUAACUAAUAAUAAAUUAAUUUUUAUGUAAAGAACUUGUCAUUAAUUUCUGUAUUUUAAUGUGAAUUAUCCAUAAUUUACUUGAAAUCGGAAAUUAAUGACAUUUAUUAAUGAUUUGAAUAAAAAUAAAAAACAUUUGUUUAAGAAGUUGU